CCACCAGCCAACCUCGACACCUGUGAUACCCCCACCAAGAUCCACAACACGCACCUAUACCCGGCCAGCCCCGCGCGUGCAAGCAAGUGCCCCGACCGCCUACAUAGAGACCUUCGCCUCACCUGCUCCCGGCCGUGUUACUCGUCGCUACGAAAAUCUCUGGCUUGUUGAACAAAUUGCUUCAAGAGUUUUUCUACCCCUUUCCAGUAAGGGUCGUCUCACUACCAGUCGCUUACAAAGUGUUUUUGGAUAGUGCCUCGCUCAUCCCGCAAAAUGUUCUCUUGGGCCAAGUCAGCGUUGUCCGCGGUUGCCGGUACUGAGGAGCCCAUCUACGGUCCUGAAGCUAUCCAGCCGGUUGGCAAGAAUGCAGGCGACCCUUCCUUCACCGAGUUGACCAAAGAGGACCUGAAAUGGCAGGCCCUGAACUACACCAACGUCGAGACUCAGACCUUCUACGUCAACGCGGACUCGGGCCACACCGGCAUAUUCCAGGUCAUCUACAACAACAUCUUCGGUGCACGCACGACGGUGCAGUUCAAUACCAAAAUCUUCUACCCCAAUAACGAGAAGCCCUUCCUGUGGUCUAGUGACCCGCUUUCGAAUCACGGUUUCGAUGAAGGUCAUUUCUCCUUCCACGCUGACGGCGUCUCCAUCCAGCUGAACGAGGACGGCUCGGCAUACACAGUCAAGGCAGCAGUCAACAACAGCAGUCUGGUCAAUGUCACAUUUACCAGGACAGCACCGGGCUUCCAGGCUGGAAAGACUGGAACGAGCAACUACGGCACCAACCCCAAGGAGCCAUGGGGCAGCAUGCAUCACCACUUUUGGCCGAGGUGCAAGGCCGAGGGCUCUGUCAUCACUAGGGAAGGCGAGAUCAAGAUUGAUGGCCAGGGAAUGUUCAGCCACGCACUGCAAGGAAUGAAGCCCCACCAUGCUGCGGCUCGCUGGAAUUUCGUCAACUUCCAGUCGCCGUCGUACUCCGCUAUCCUCAUGGAGUUCAAGACCCCCCCCUCCUACGGAUCGACGACAGUCUGUGUUAGUGGCAUCGCUACGGAUGGCAAGCUGCUGAUUGCUGGUAUCAACGGCGGUGCGAAACACACCGAGACUAAGCAGGAUACGGACAAUGACUGGCCUGAGCCUACAUCAGCAAGCUACCACUGGGAGGGAAAGACUGACGACGGCAAGGAGGUCACGGCGGAGCUUGCAGGCUCUUUGGGCACUAAAUACGACCGUGUGGAUGUUAUGGCUGAAGUGCCAGGCUUCAUCAAGACUAUUGUGGCAUCUGCGGCUGGCACGAAACCGUAUAUCUACCAGUUCGCGUCGAAGCUCACCAUUAAGGUGAAGGCCGGCGAUGAGAUCAAGGAGGAGGAAGGUGUCCUCUUCACCGAGGCAACGUUCAUCUCGUGAGGGACUCCUUAUACAUCUAUACCGUUACGACCCCCUAGCAUUAAUAGUAGAACCCAGGCCAGGAGCUUGAACCUAAUGAACCCCAAUCUUAAAAAGUCUUUGUUGCUCUCUGCAUAUGUAGUGCAUUCACAGCCACAGCGAGAUGUCGCGGAUGCAUGGGG